AAAGAACAUUUUAAAUCCACCAGGGACAACGCCAUCCUACGACCCGGGUUGAAGUGCGCAUCGCCGGGAUUUGCAGGCUGACGGUUGGCCGCAGCAGACCGGGGAGAAGGACGAGGAAGAACCGCUGUAGAUGGUGGGGGGAGGACGACGACGAUGAUGAUGAUGAUGAUGAUGCCAUCCAGGACCUGAUGUUGCUCUGCACGCCCCGCUGAAACACAAGGACUGGUGGUGGUGAGGAUUAUCCAGGAGGCUGGAGGAAGGAAGACAGGGAGGGGGGAGGCGGCGACGAGCAUCAUCCCGAGGGGAGCGUGUUGUUUAGGGAGGGCUGACCGACAUAACCGUAAGAAACCGAUCGACAAAAAAGGAAAAGCCCCAAAAACCUGGAGUAGGAUUUUACACUUGGAUAUUUCAGCCUCUGGACUUCAAUGGUCAAUGAUACUGGUCUCCAGGAAGGCAAGUCAGUUCAUGAUUGUUCCGGAAACGCAUGCCGAGCCAACACAACUGACUGGGGAUCAGCCGAUUCCAGCAUUGUUACGCAACAAAGAUCAUUUCUAAAGAAAGUGUCCAUCAUCUUUGCCGGUGCUGUGUUUUUGUGGUGCUUUCGAGGGCAGCUGGGAUUACUGACGCGGGUCGUUCGUUUCGGUUUGUGAGUGUGUGGGGGGGAGGGGGGGGGGGUAGGACCAUUGUGGACGCUUGAUAUUAGAGGUUGGACUCCACGGAGAGAAGAUGUCGGGUCAGACGCUGACGGAUCGCAUCGCCGCGGCGCAGUACAGCCUGACGGGAUCCGAGGUGGCCCGGGCGGUGUGUAAGGCCACCACGCAUGAACAGACAGCUCCCAAGAAAAAGCACCUGGAAUACCUAAUCCAGGCAACGCAGGAGACCAAUGUGAACGUCCCCCAGAUGGCCGACACGCUGAUCGAGAGGGCCGGCAACGCCAGCUGGGUGGUGGUUUUCAAAGCCCUGAUCGCCACGCACCACCUCAUGGUGCAUGGCAACGAGAAAUUCUUGCAGUUCCUGUCAUCUAGAAACACCUUAUUCAACCUUGCCAACUUCCUGGACAAAACCGGCUCCCACGGGUACGACAUGUCCACGUUCAUUAGACGCUACAGCCGCUAUCUCAACGAGAAGUCCUUCGCCUACAGACAGAUGUCUUUUGACUUUGUCCGUGUCAAGAAAGGAGCGGAGGGAGUAAUGAGGACCAUGUCAGUGGAGAAGCUGUUGAAAGGAAUGCCCACCCUGCAGAGCCAGAUUGACUCACUGCUGGAUUUUGAAGUGCAUGCACCGGACCUGAACAAUGGGGUGAUAAACGCCUGCUUCCUCCUGCUCUUCAAAGAUCUGAUCAAGUUAUAUGCCUGCUACAAUGACGGCAUCAUUAACCUGCUAGAAAAGUUUUUCCAGAUGAAGAGAAGCCAGUGUAAAGACGGGCUGGAGAUCUACAAAAGAUUCCUGACACGAAUGACUCGGGUUUCAGAAUUCUUCAAAAUCGCUGAGCAAGUGGGAAUAGACAAAAAUGACAUACCGGAACUCACCCAGGCCCCAGAAAGUCUUCUGGAGUCCCUGGAGACCCACCUCAACACGCUGGAGGGGAAGAAGCCGUGA